AUGGACAGAGGCGGGUGGGAGAAUGAUGAUGGAGUUGGGGCAGUUCGGCGGGGCAGGGCUACCGUCAGCGCCGCUCGUCGCCCUGGCUGCGGCCGCCGCGUCUGGGCUCGAGUCGAGGCGGCGCGGGACCUCGACGGCGUGGAUGCGGCGCGAGGCUCUGCGAUUCACGGCGGGCUUCACGGCGGGCUUCGCAGCGUGCCCGGCUCGCCAUGCACGACACCUGAGGCGGGCUUCCUUGAGCCUGCGCAGGGCGGCCGGGCCAGUGCGCGGCGGGCACAUGACCGCUCCCAUUCACGGCGUGCUCCACCGCGACCCAGAAAACGAGCGCGCGACGGGCGCCCGGGUCCAGUGACGACUUCAAGGGCUGCCGUCGCCGGCGCGUGGCUCGACGAUAUACCGUAUGCAGCCUCCAGGCGCGCGCACGAAUGGGCAAACGCCCCGCCGGAGCAAAUCACAGCAGGCCCUUUAUUUGCACGACAGCCCGUCAAUCAAACCAGCCCUCGUUCUGGCCUCGUCAUAAUUUUGUGUGGCCACCGACGCAGCUCUUCCCGCGCUUUCUCCCAGGCCCACCGACUACGAACACCAGCUGACCCCGAUGCUGGCCUUGGAACCCCUCCUGCCAUGCACGCUCAUUGCUCAUGGCUCCCCAAAGAGUGCAUCCCCCAGACGGGCCCUGACCGGGCCUUCCCUGCCGUGCCUGUAUCAAUUUUGCAGCCGCCGUUCCCUCUCCACGGCUCGCUGCUCGCCAUUCUCCUGCUGGCAGCGCCAACAUUCACAAGCUUUGUACCUGAGUUUUCGCAAGCGAUGCCUAACGGCGCCGCUAUUGCCGGCUCGCAAGCACCGGCAAGCCGGAAUGAACCACUGCAGACUACCAUGACAGCUCCCGCCGUGAGCACUGGCAACCGCCUCUCUGCUAUGGCCUCAUUCAUUGACCACCUUGCACGUGCGCGUGUGAGCCCAGGAGCGACUUGGCCUGUACUACUGCACACCUGCAUCCUGUGCUCAAUCACUUUUACUCCCCGUCCGCAAGAUGUAGAAGCAGCAGGCCCGUUUGGCAGGACGCUGAAACACAUUGGAAUUUCCAGCCCGGCCGCGAGAGGAGCUACCGAAGCUCCCUACGUCACCUCUGCGGCUAGCUGGGACUUGCGAGCGGUGGUGUGCAGCUCUGCUAAUCCAAAAUCGACAGGGUUGUGUCGCUAG